AAUCAGGGACCUUCUUAGAUAUUGCGCUUUGUGCAAGGCGGUGUCGACCAAUCAGCGCGAAGUGCACAAGUCACAUGCCUCAGACAAGAUGGCGGAUCUGACGCUCCUUCAAGAGGACACAGACGACUUCUCGUACCAAGUAGGUGAUGAGUUGGAGGAUGGGGAGGAGGAGACUGGUCCUGAUGAGGGAUGUCCCGAUGAUGAAGUAGAGGAUGAAGACCCCACCAUGUCUGUGUUUGACUCCCAACCCGAGGAACUUCUGACUCCGCUGGCCAAACUAGAGAGGAACAUCAACUCAGACAGCAUCUUUAACAGACAGAUGAUUACGCGGAGCUUGUUGGAGACGCUGCGUAGCGUUUACCGUGACCAGGAUGGGACCAUGGCGGUCAUGCGGGCCAUGGUGCAGCUUUCACAGGAUGUCGAGCCCACGGUGCGGGCAGAGCUGAUGGAACAAGUGCCUCACAUUGCCAUGUUCUGCCAAGAGAACCGGCAGUUUGUUGGUGACAUGGUGCCGCAGUACGUACUGCCCAUCAUCGUCAAGUACCUGACUGAUACCAACAAUCAGGUAUGGAGUUUCCAUGAGGUGCGGAAGACUGCCCAAGCUGCCUUGCUGGUGCUACUGGAACAAGAACUGGUGGAGAGGGGUGACGUAGAAGAGCAAGUGGUUCCCCUGUUGCUGGAACUGAUUGGUCCAGAGAUGGGCGAUGACUACAAGACAGAAGCAGUAGCUAGCUCUGACUACAAUGACUUCAGCCGGAGAACCGGGCAGGACCUUAGCGAGGACAUGCUGACUGCUGCUAUGUUGAUGUGCAAGAUGGCGCCGCUGCUAGGAAAGGACAUCACUGAGCGACUGCUGCUCCAGCCUUUCCUGGACAUGUGCACAGACGGUCGCAUGUUCCACAUCCGCAAGGUGUGUGCUGCCAACUUUGGUGAGAUGUGUGGAGUGGUGGGCACAGAGCUGACAGAGAGACUCUUGCUGCCCAAGUUCUUCUUCCUGUGUGAGGACGGUGUGUGGGGGGUGCGGAAAGCGUGUGCGGAGUGCUUCAUGCAGGUGUCGUGUGCUGUGACCCCCGAGGUGCGGAAGGAAAGCCUGGCGCCGUGCUUCGUCAACCUGAUCACUGACCAAUCACGAUGGGUCCGCAUGGCAGCGUUCCAGGCCCUGGGUCCGUUCAUCUCCACGUUUGCUGACUCGGCGAUGACCGGGCUGUUCCUGACAGAUGACGGGUCGGUGCGGUUCAUGCUGGACGUCGCAGAGAGCCAGCAGAAGAUCAUCCUCGAACAAGAGACACCGUCUGAAAGCAGUACAGACAGCAUAGACGAUAGGAAUUUCGAGCAGUGUGAAAACGGUGAUGACGACAGCGGCCGGCUGUCCGAGAGCUCCGACAGCGACCGUGACCUAGAUAGCCCCUCCUCCCCGCCCGAAGCCACGCCCACAGAACCCAGCUCUACUCUCCCCCAGGAGGAACCAAAAAUAGAUUCUAGUAGUGACGAUUCAAGGACUAGAGACGAGUCUGAAACGGUUUCAGGUCAGGAUGUAGAAUCAGUAACCAAGGAAACCAGCAGCCAUAGUGAAAGUGAGAGUGUGACAGCUUCCUCCGAUACGCAAGAUGCCUCCGAGAGGAAAACCACAGAAAGCCUUCCCCCCUCCGCCACAAAAACACUUUCCCCUGACGAAGGAAUAUGCCUUGAUGGCCACAACUGCACUGGCUCCACAACCAAUGCUGCUAGUAAGGAAGAUUCCAAGGGAGAAGAAGUAGUAGGAGAAUCUCAAGGAGAAGCGGAACAGCAAGAUGCCGAGGCCUUCAAUUCCUUUUUAUACUGGCGUGCUCCCUUGCCAGAUAUAGAGUUGGACUUGGACUUGGUAGAACAGGGUAGUUUAGAGCCGGCGGAGGCGCCACGCGAGCGGUGCUACGCCCUGGACGCAAGCCAGCUGCGCCGUGCGGGGAGCGAUGAGGUGGAAACCGUGUGCCAGGCGGUCGCUGAGACCCACCUGGAGCCGGCGAACCGGCAGACGUUCAGUGUCAGUACCCUGACAGGUGAAGGGAGACAAGUGGAGGUGACUAACGUGGAGAGGCUGAGUACAGCUCCCAGCAUGCCUCAGGUGGCCCAGGUCAGCGACGCCUCCCAGGUUCUGGCUGGUACCAGGACACAACAGGCUCCUGCUGUACUCAACAAUGCACAACAGUGGCCUCUGUGUUCGCCCCUGUUUCACUUCCAGCCCGCGUUGUCCACCCAGGAAGUGACCCCUCCCCCCAGCCCAUCGUCCAGCCCCGCCACCAGCCCUACCAGCCCACACCACCUGUCUGCUCACCUGGAGAACCUGAGGAAACAGGAUGUCAUCCCCCAGCCCCUAUUGGACCAUUACCUGUCGAUGACGGACCCUUCCCGGGCGCAGACUGUGGACCAGGAGAUCGCCCGUCACUGCGCGUACAGCCUGCCGAGCGUGGCCUUCACGCUGGGGCGGGACAACUGGCACUGCCUGCGGGACACGUACGAAACACUGGCCAAUGACAUGCAAGUGAGUACAUGGAAGGUGCGCAGGACCCUGGCCUUCUCUAUCCACGAACUGGCAAUCAUCCUCGGUGCUCAGCUGACCGACCAGGACCUGAUCCCCGUCUUCGAUGGCUUCCUGAAGGAUUUGGACGAAGUUCGUAUCGGAGUCUUGAAACAUCUGGCUGAUUUUCUUAGGAGACUGCUCCCAGAGAGGAGGAGGGAGUAUUUGGCACGACUGAUCGAGUUUUUGAACACAGACAACCACCGGAACUGGAGGUUCAGAUAUGAACUGGCAGAACAAAUGAUGCAGCUCGGUGACCUGUUCCCAGCGUCUGAGCUGGCAGAGCAUGUGUGUCCAGUGGCACUCUCUCUAGCAGGGGACAAGGUCUCAGAUGUCAGGCUCAUCGCUUACAAACUGGUGGCCGUGCUGACGAAGCAGCUGCAGGAGGACCAUGACGACGCCCUGGUGUUCCACUUCCUGACUGACCUCAUCACCAACUAUGCACAGAGCCGCAGAUGGCAGCGCCGACAGACGUUUGCCUUCCUGUGUGCAGUGUUGUUAGAAGAUGAGUCCAUCCGUCCCUCGCUGUUCGCUCACCACCUGCUGCCCAGUCUGCUGACCUUGACCUCUGACCCGGUGCCAAAUGUGAGGAUUGUCCUGGGAAAGACUCUGUCCCAGGCCGUACUCCCCAGAGACUAUUUCUCCAGUGAACAGAACCCAGAACACGAGACCCUGCUGCAUGCCAUAGAAAUCCUGAAGAUGGACACCGACAGGGAUGUCCGCUUCUACGCCAGUCUUCCCCCCAACCCCCGCACCAACUCCCCCGAUGUGGACCUUGUAUGAUGGCGACUGGGAAAGGCGGAAAUGGUGCUCCCAUCGCCAUGGAAACAGGGAAAGCUGCAACUUCUGUCGUCCCGCCCAUGCCACAGUCUUUCCAGGGAACAUGUCAUCCAACCCGUAGCAAACGUGCAAUGGUCGUCUUAUGAGAUAAAGCUGCCAAGUUGUGAAUUAUUACUGGUACACUGUGACAGGAUAUUUAACAUAAAUUGUGUUCUUCAAAGUGCUUUUGGCCAUCCUGUUCUUUUGAGAUUAGAUAUGUUUUUGUCUGCAUUCCUAUGUUACAUAAGAUGUUAAAUGGGACCAUUGUGCUUUUUAGAUCCAGAUCACAAGAUGACAAACAUUAGAACAAACUCUUUCCUGGAACUGUAUUCCCCUUUUUUAAUCAAAUUCGAAGCACUCACAAAAGCACAAACAUAGGGGGCCAAGUUUACUGAUAGUAUGUCUGGCUUGUCGCAGUUAAUUGUCCAUGUAUUACAGUAAUUAACUUUGUUGUAUGUGUAUCAGUUUGUGGAAUGUGAUUUUUUUGCUUCCAUCAAUUGCCGAACUAUAGUGGCGCGUUACAUUGAUUUAUCCCUUGCUUUUCUGCAAAUGUUUAAAAUACAGGCAUCUGAAACACUGAUUCUGUUGUUCUCUAUGAGUAAAAGAAAUGGCUUUGAUAGGAAAUUUGUGGUUUUGAUUUAGGACUUUGAACUUUUGAAUCAUUUCCAUGUUCAUUUACCUAUGUGUUGGAAGUUUUCAAUGAUUUUUCAGUAUCCGUAGGCCUCUAUCGUAGCUGUGUUGCCCGUAUACUUGGGUCUUGGUCUACCUCAGCUUGAUAGGGACUAAGCUAUUCACCAACACAGUAACGAAACAGUUUCAGGGUUUCUAGAUAUUUGUGUCAAGGGAGCCCUCCCUUGUUUUUAAGCCUCAAGCUAUAGCCACAUAUAACAUUUAAGUAUACACAAAUAUUACAUCUGUAUCAUUAGGUAUUUAGUAGAUAUGCUUGCCACAAUUUUUUUUUUGAUUCCCAGUAAUUGUUAUGACAUGUUCUUUAUGGUAUAUCCCAGAUCUAGAGAUGGAGACUUCUUUACUUAUAUUGGCCAGAUCAAUUCAUGAAUUAAUUGUUCGAGUGUAGCAUAUCUAAAAUAAAGACACGGGUCUUGUAUUCCGCAGUCCAAGAUGCCUACUCCGAACAAACUGUGACUUUUAUUUUUUGGGGCAGCACUCUCGAGGAGCGUGCCAUUAUUACAAUUGUAUCACUAUGUGACAGAAUGCCAUAUCCUUCCCAAACAGCGACUAUUUCAAACAUGGAGGUGGUGACAUUCAUAGGUUGACAUGAUCUGGCCAAAGGAAGUUUUUUUACACGUAGCUGUACAAUCAAAAGAGAAUGUUAGAAUAAACUGAUUCAGUGCACUUGUUAAGUAGUUAUCUGGCUGCAGUACUAUAUAGUUAGGAAAACAUUCACUGAUAAGUACCUUACCUUUGUAUAGUAGAAAGAUUUUUAGACUUAUUGCAAUGGAAACAUUGGACGAAAGUGUUGGAUCUGUACAUUUUGCAUCCUACAUUGUUGUGCAAAAAUUGUGUAAAGAAGGGUGCAAAUAUGCCUGUAUAGACCUUUUACAUGUGUAAUUAGAUAACAAUCAAUGCAGGGAUACUGACCUCCGUAUCAGAGGUUCCAAAGUCUUUCUCUCAGACUUUUCUAGGUGAUUAUUGUAAGCAAAUAAAGACAACAUUGAAUUAUGGUAACAAUGA